CGGUGGGUCUUGUCUGCCUGUUCAUCCCAGGCUGCAAAAGUGACAUCUCUCAGGCUUGAACAGGCCAAUUCAUGCUACUUCGUAUAAUUGUCAAGGUGCUGGACUAACACCUUACCGCCAUAGACGCCUCCGCGAUCGAAAGCAAGAUCAACUAUCCUUUAAUAUUGUCAGACCUCACGUUGACGCCAAUUCAGGUUGUUGUUACCGUCAUCGUCUGGACCACGGCGGCUUGAGGGUCUGAUAAAGUGCCCCUUUAUUACCGUCCGAUCCGGCGCAAACAUCCUCCAAAAUGGGUGGCUUAUUACUGCUUCUCGUUCUUUGUGUGGUGAUGGCUCUGGCAUCAUUCCUUGCUGGAGCCCUCCCACUAUCGUUAACCCUGUCGCAAUCACAGCUCCGCUUGAUAUCCAGCAUUGGCGUUGGCAUACUAGUCGGCACCUCACUCAUUGUCAUAAUACCGGAAGGAAUCGAAGCGAUAGCAUCGACUAGUCUUCCAGCUCAUACCGGCUCGCAUACCCGCCGGUUCGAUAUUCAUGGAAAAGCAGUAUCUCCUCGGUGGGAGGCCGCGCAUAUGGUUGAAAAGCGGAGCUUGAUCGAUCUCGAGACUGGAGACAGCCCGCGCAUGCCGUUCCUUCGCAUAGGAGUUCCUAUGCCUCCCAAGCCAAAUGAGCUGGCACACCAGGGAGGCGAGAGCUUGCCGAAAAGAGACGGGCUUCCCAUCGUGGUCACUCGCGAGGAUACACCGAAGGAUGCUACGAAACCCUCGGGCGAGGAUCCCAAAACGUCAAAAGACAGUCAGCAGGCGCAGAACGAGCGCGUAUUGCCCACGUUCUUCAUUGGAUUUUCCCUGACUUCGGGCUUCAUCUUGAUGUUCCUGAUAGACCGUAUUCCUCGGCAGGCUAUGGAUCAGUUUCAACCUACUCCCACGACGAGGCAUAUCAGUCUGGACAAUCUAGCAUCCUCGAGUGGGGCUGGUGAGGAAGAAUCGCAAGGGUUUCUUGGAUCUUUGGCACCCACACCGAAGCAUUCCCGGAGUCUAGCCACUACUACCGGACUUGUUAUUCAUGCGGCUGCGGAUGGGAUAGCUAUGGGUGCAUCGGCAACCACAUCCAACAUGAAACUCGGACUGAUUAUCUUCGCUGCGAUCAUGAUCCACAAGGCUCCGGCAGCAUUUGGACUCACUUCUGUCCUGCUCAAGCAAGGGCUAUCAAAACGCGCGGCGCGUGGCCACUUGAUAGUCUUCAGUCUUGCCGCGCCGGCUGGCGCUAUCGGUACAUACCUCCUCGUCUCCAUACUCGGUGGACAGAACGUCGAAGGCGAGAGUGGACAGUGGUGGACUGGCAUGUUACUUCUAUUCUCGGCAGGGACCUUUCUCUACGUUGCCAUGCACGCCAUGCAAGAGGAGAAUACUGCAGCGUAUGAGCACCACGGCGGCAUGAAUGGAUAUGCGGAUAAUGGUGGUGCUCCGCACAGGAAACAUAUCCGCCCACAGCUGAGAGAUACAUUGGCCACUGUAUUUGGGAUGCUCCUCCCGUUACUUACUCAGUUUGGUCACCAUCACUGAGAUGGAAAGAUAUGUUUUUCAUUUCCGGGCAUUGGGCCUCGAUUUUCAUCAGUAAGACGUAUAUACGACCAGCCAGACUAUCUGCUAUCAUUUCAAAUGCUGUCGCCCAGGAACCUAAGUAGGUAUAUGAACAAAAUUACAGACUACGCUGUGCUAUCAGCUGCGCGAGUACUUCAGCGUUUUAUACUGUUUUGAAACAUUCAACUGAGAUGUACCAGCGACAAGCGUGAAACCAAAAGAGCGUCGAUCUCCACCGAAUCUUGUUGGAAAACCAGUAUGACUUGGGAAUCGAGCGGACGUGCGCGAAGAUGUUUACCAGGUCAAAUUAGCUGUAAUUAAUCAACAAACUUUUUUCGACGGUCCGCUCGUGUAAUGAAACACGC